AUGCAAAAAAAGCUAGAAAAUCAAGAAGAAACCUUAAAACAGGUCUAUAACAGCGUAUUCAAUGAAUUGUCUAAGCUCCAAAUUGAAGAAAAAUUUUUGGAAAGGCAAGCUCAGAGCUUAAUAGAAAACAUGAUUUCUAAGCAUGGAGAAUCCCCAGAACUAUUGGAAGCAAUUCAGAAUAUCAUUGAAGAAAAUGACCAAGAUUUCAUCAUGCAAGACAUGCAUAUUGAAAAUUUAAAACAAGAAGGCGUUGUGGAGGAUUUAUCACAGCAAGUCAGACAAAUUUUAGAGAAAAACAAUAUUGAUAUGGAGCCUGAAUCGUAUGCAUUCCCAUCAAAAGUACUAAAAAGAGAUUUUUAG